UUUUUUUAGUCUAUUUUAAAUCAUAUAAUUAUUUAUUAUAUAAAAUUAUUUUAUGAUUAAUAAAGCUAAAUUUAAUUAAAUUAUUUAUUUAAAUAUACCUUGUAUAUUUAUUGUAGUUAUAUUUAUUGUAGUUAUAUUCUUUGUGUGUAUUUUUCUAGUUAAACUACAUUAUUUUCAAUCAGUUGUUCUCACUAGUUAGUUGAAAAAGCAAUGGCUUGGCGAUCUCAUGGCAGAAAUAAUUUCGAACUUGUGCAAAAUCUGAGAGCUAAUAAUGUUAUUAAAAGUGAUAAGGUUGAACGAGUUAUGAAAGCUGUUGAUCGUGGCCAUUAUACUUCUAAAUCACCAUAUUUGGAUCAACCUCAAGGAAUUGGUUUUGGUGUCACAAUCAGUGCACCUCAUAUGCAUGCUUAUGCUCUAGAACUUUUGAAAGAUCAACUCAAAGAAGGUGAACGAGCUUUAGAUAUUGGUUCAGGGUCUGGUUAUUUAACUGCUUGUAUGGCAGUCAUGUUAGGAGAAAAUGGAAAAGCAAUUGGAAUCGAUCACAUACCUGAACUUGUUGAAAAGUCUAUAGAAAAUAUUGCAAAUGAUAAUCCAGAGCUGUUAAAUUCCCAAAGAGUAAUACUAGAAAUUGGUGAUGGACGGUUAGGAUAUGAAAAAUUUGCUCCAUACAAUGCAAUACAUGUUGGCGCAGCAGCUGAAUCAAUUCCUCAAUCAUUAAUUGAUCAAUUGAAACCCGGAGGUAGAUUAGUAUUACCGGUUGGACCAAGCAAUGGUGAUCAGGUAUUAGAAGUAAUUGAUAAAAAAUUAGAUGGGUCACUGUCCAAAGAAAAACUCAUGGGUGUUAUCUAUGUUCCUCUAACUGAUGCAAAAUCUCAAAGAAACAAGCAAAAUUAAAAAUAAUUUAGUGUUAUGAUUAUGACAAAUUUUACAUUACAAAUUAUUGAUGAAAAAAUAUAAUUUUAAGUAGCCUGACUUUGUAGUUUUGUUGCGUCACUAAAUAUAUGUUAACAAAAUUUUCAAAUUAUUCUUAGUUACAGUCAAAUUACCAUUAUAUAUAAUUAUAAUAUUCUUAAAUACAAAGUAUUAUUUUAAUACUACUAUAUAACUUAUUUUUUUUAUCAACAAAAAUAAACAUAAACUAAUAAUGUAUAUUUUAGUAUUUUAUUGUUAGUG